CGUAGACUAUUGCGGGUCAUCCCCUCGUCACCAUCACCAUCACCAUCACCAUCGUCCUACUGACUUCCUCUUCCCCCGCGCAAUGAGCAGCCAUUCGCCGCCUCGCUCACCUCCUACCGCCAACGCCGACAACGACGCAGACUCCUUUGGCCGCUCCACCCGGUCCCAGAUCAGACUCAAGGUCAAGCAUAGCACCCGCGGAAGCAGCAGCCGAAGGGGCGAUGCUGAUCGAGGAGGAGAUGCCGCAGAUCCUGGGGACGACGACGAAGAGGAAGAGCUAGACCGUCUCAGUAAUGAUGGGCUCGAUGAUGACCCUUCGCUCUACCUGGAGCGGUAUCGUGACUAUCCAGAUGGUCACGAGGACCCGGCAGAUUACGAUCAAGGCGGAGCUGCUGAUCCACAGGGCGAGCUGGGCCAAGAUGUCGAAGGAGAAGACGAGGAGUUCCUCACAGCCGGAAGAGUGCGCAUCUCGACACCAACUUCUGACAGGGACUGGGAUGACAGUGAGGACGAGUCCGACGAAGAGGACGAGGAGAACGAGGAUGGAGACGGAAGCGCAGCCGUGCUUCGAAGGAGGGCAAAGGCGCAGCAUCGCCAUGACCACCCGCACUCCUACCUACGCACAUUGACACCCUCAAGGCGACGAACAUGGUCCUUCUGGCUCUCCCUCACCAAUCCCGGCGCACCCAAUACUCUCUCAGCGCCCCACGUAUCCCUGAACCUCUUCUCUGCCUCGCUACACCCCUCGGUACUCCUAUCCAUGCCCUUCUACUUUGACCGCACUGGGACCACUCUCGGACUGGUCGGACUGAUAGCGGUAGGCGUGCUAGGCGGUGUUGGAGGAGGACUCUGGGUGGUAUUGAGCAGAUAUGUAGGAGGCAAGAAGACAGUAGAAGCCAUUACGGGAGCCAGCUUUGGCAAGAAUACAAAGUGGAAGGGAAGAUUCGGCAAGGCAGUUGCUGGCUCGAUGCUGGCGGCGUACGCUACGGGAGCAGCAUUCAUUGCCUACUUUGCUAUUGCCGAUCUGCUUCUACAAGUCUUCUUCCACUAUGCCCACAAAGGACUCUUCUUACACGACCGAGGCUUCGUCACUCUCGUCGUGGGGGGAUUCUUGACAGCGCCUCUGAUCAUCGUUCCUCUGCACAAGCGGACUUUGAUCAGACUAGCCACAGGGACAGCCUGCUUCCUAUAUCCCAUCCUCAUCACCAUCCUCCUCGUCAAGAUCUACACAAUUGAUGUCACGCAGCUCAAGACUACCCCUAGCGACACUGCGCAGCCCGAGCUCUUCACGCGGCCAGAUUUGCCCAACGGAAAUCCAUUAUACCCGCCCUCGAUCUGGGCUCCUUACUCCCUUCUCCCCCUCCUCACGCUCUCGUCCUCACCCCUACAAAUCCUAGCUCAUAAUCGUUCCUUGAGAAGAAAAGCGAGCAGAAAAGCUGCUCAGGAUGGUAGCAACGUGAAAGCGUUCCUGGCUGCUCAAGCCGGGCAGGUCGUCCUCGUAGUCGGAGUAGCGGUAGCGUUCGGAAUCGGCAUGGGGACAAAAGGGGUCAUCGAGAGGCUCGGCAUGGCAGUCCAUCCCAAUCUCUUCUUCUCCCUACCGCGAGAUGAUCACCUGAUCAACUUCGCUCGCCUUCUCUUCGUCAUCCUGCUGAGUACACACAUGGCCCUGUGCCUUGCCGUCGCUCGCUCCUCAUGGGCACGCCUCCUGAAGCUCUUCAAUCUCAAUCCGCUCAAGUGGCGGAGGAGGCGGUCGGGACAGGUAGACUCAGCUUCGAGCAGUACAAGGACAGGCCGUAUCAGGCUCGAGGGCGAAGAGGGCGUGACGCCCUCGCUGCUCGAAUCCCGCUUGCGGUCACCCAGCGCUGGGUCACGCACGGAAAAGUGGAGCUGGUCCAAGCUCGCCCGGACAUCUCUCGGAGGAGUGCUCCUAUGGCUACUCGUGGCCUCCCUGUCCUACGUCUCAGGCAUCGGCGGACUGCACAAGUCCGAGCGCAAAGGAGAGGAGGCUCGCUUCACCCGGUCCUCAGAGGUCCUCGGCCUACUGGGCGGAGGAGUGGGGUUCGUCCUACCUGGUUUGGUGUGGAUCAUCUUGCUCCACCUCAGGAGACCGAGGGGCAUCCUGCCUGAGUGGAUCGGAGAGGGACUGGCCAAGGGCUGGAAGGGAGAAUGGGUGCGUGGCCCACUUGGUGCCCUUACACGGAGCAGACGGAGAGGAGGUGCAAACACCGAAGCCGCAAACGCCAGUGCGAGCAUCACGAUAGACGAGGCUGGUCCUGCCGGUGGAGAUGUGACGAGACCUGUGCCAACGUGGCACGAAGAGCAGCGCAUGGAAGUCUCUGCUGGAGGAAAUCCACCCGAAGAUACGGGAGGAGAUGAGGCGACGCGCAUCUUGCUUGCGAGGAAGGAGAGGCAAUUGCAGAAGAGAACGAAAGAGUGAGUGUGGGCACUAGGUGGGAUCUCGGAAGAACUCGUAGAGACGGCUGACGGAGAGUUUCUCUCACAAAUUCAGACGGAGGCUAUGGCAAGACAUCUUGGUGCUAGCGGCCGUCCUGCCCUUUGGUAUUGUCCUCUUGGUCAUGGGAGCGAUCGAGCUAUCGAAAGGGGGCUACUGAGCGCCGUUGUUUUCUGCAGGACACGUCAUUGUAG